GCCGCGAGAGGCUCCGAUCCCGACUCCGGAGUCAGGACCUCCCCAAACUCGUGCGCGGGACGCUUUCGAAGAGAGUGGAAGGCGCGAACUCUGAGAGCAAAGCCGAGUGUGCGAACCCAAUAGAGAGGCCGCUCUUGAGAGCAUCUUCGAGCGAAUAAGAAAGCGAGUAGCUAUAGGAAGCGAAAAAAAAAGGAAUACAACAAAAUCUACGGGAGCAGGAUAUCAGUUCUGAGUUCCGACUUCGUCGCGUAGUUGUCAUUUGCCGCUCGUUGAGUAGCUCAACCGGGCAAUAUAAGCGUUAGCGAUUGUCCUUUUUUUAGAUCGGCAACAGCUGUGACCGAAAGCCGGCCUCUGACUCCACUUGUGGAAUUAGUGAAGGAAACAAAAAAAAAGUCAGGAACGAAACGACCGUUGCAGCGAAUUCGCCUUGAGACAUCCCACUCCUGAGUGUGCCCCUUCGUCCGCUGUUGGAGAAAGACCUGCCUAAAGAGCCAUGCACGUUGGCAACAGCCGCAAGAGCCCGCUGGCCUGGAUCCUGCGCGCGUCGCUGUUACUCCUGCUGCUGGUGUCGGGCCACGAGGGCGCCUACCUGGCCGCCAAGGAGCAGCCUGGCGACGAGGAAGGCCGCGCCGCCGCUGCCGACCUGGGAGAGUUUGCCGGACUGGCGGCGCUGCUGCGCGAGUACCUGGCCGGGAGGUUCCAGGAGCCGUCCAGGACGCACUUCCCAGACUCCGCCGCGUCACAGAUCAGCGUCGCCAAGAGAGGAGUGAUGAUGGGCGUGGACCUUCCGGACUUCAUCCUGAACCGGAACCAGCCAUCCCUGAAGAACCUGCAGGUUCUCCGGCAGCGCCUGUUCGAGAGCGGCCGGAGGCGGUGAUUCCCAGGAAGCGCCGCGUCCAGGAAGCACCCCCCACAGACUCCUCGGACUGCGCCAGCCGCGCAUCCUUUCUCUCCCGCGAGACAUGGCCCAUUCCUCGGAAAACCGCUUAAUUCCACAAAAAAGAAGGUGUCAACGCCAAUCAUCGAUGAAAUCCAGUCGAUCAAGAUUCUUUACGGAGAGGGUGCUACCCCGAAGAAGGGAAGAAAAACAUUGAAUAUCCACGAAGAUGUAUACUUAGUCCCUGGAUUCUAAUUAAAACAAAAUACGUAGCGUAGGCACGACAAUCGAUGCGAGACGAAAAGCCACAGAGCCAUGUUCGCCAAUAAAUGUCGACGACGUAUGUGAUAAGAGAAAACACAUGAAGGACACCUUAAGUCACUUCUUCUUUUCGUAGGAUAUAGUUGUGGUACAAUUAUUUCGUUUAAAAGAUAAAAAAAGAUAUAAAACAGUGAUGUGUUGUGUCUUGUAGACUGAGUAUGAAAGCCUGUUUUGUGCGACUCUUGUAUCUCAAAUACGUCCUUUACGUUGUCACACAAACAAACAAAAAUUUGUUGCGGUGUUGUGUCCUGUCAAGCGAAGUCGCCGUUGUAUGCCGUGCUUGGUAAAAGUCAUUGUUUCGUUAAUGUUUCCAUUGCAUUGUGAAUAAAAAGCACCAAUUAAACU